GGCCGGCGCCCUCCCCACCCACGCGCAUUCCCCGCACCAAAGCGCCUUAUGCUGCUACUUAACCCAACCCCUCCGGAACAAUUCCCCAUUUCCGAUUCCAAACAACUAAUUCGACUAGCUAGAGGACGGAAGCCAAGAAGCAGCAGAGGUAGUCGUCUUGCGCGUGUGUGGUGACGAGGAAAGGUUGGAUUUUUUUAUUUUUGUGGUUGGUGAGGAGAGAUGUUGAGGGCCGUGGCGAGGUGCUGCGGGCUCUGGCCGCCGGGGGCGGCGGCGGCGGCGGACGGGAUGCUGUGGGAGACAGAGCUGCGGCCGCACGCGGCAGGGGAGUUCUCGAUGGCCGCGGCGCAGGCCAACGUGACCAUGGAGGACCAGGCGCAGGUGCUGGCCUCCCCGUCCACCACGCUCGUCGGCGUCUACGACGGCCACGGUGGGCCCGACGCGUCCCGAUUCCUCCGGUCCCGCCUCUUCCCCCAUGUCGAACGCUUCGCGAUGGAGCAAGGGGGCAUGAGCACGGAGGUGAUCCGGAGGGCGUUCGGCGCGGCGGAGGAGGAGUUCCAUCAGCAGGUGAGGCAGGUGUGGCCGAAGCGGCCGCGGAUGGCCGCCGUGGGUUCCUGCUGCCUGCUCGGAGCCAUCUCUGGGGACACGCUGUACGUGGCCAACCUCGGCGACUCCCGCGCCGUACUCGGCCGCCGAGUGGUCGGGGGCGGGGUGGCCGUCGCUGAGCGGCUCUCGAGCGAGCACAACGCGGCGUCCGAGGAGGUGCGGCGGGAGCUCGCCGCGCUCAACCCCGACGACGCCCAGAUCGUGUUGCACACCAAAGGGGCCUGGAGGGUGAAGGGGAUAAUUCAGGUGUCCAGAUCUAUUGGUGACUUUUACUUGAAGAAACCGGAGUAUAGCAUGGACCCCUUGUUUCGCCAAAUUGGUCCCCCUAUUGCAUUGAAGAGACCAGCUCUUAGCGCUGAACCAUCUGUUCAAGUUCACAAGCUGAAACCAAAUGACAUGUUUCUGAUAUUUGCUUCGGACGGUCUUUGGGAGCACCUAAGUGAUGAUGCUGCGGUGCAAAUUGUCUUCAAGAAUCCAAGAACAGGAAUAGCCAACAGAUUGGUUAAGGCUGCCUUGAAGGAAGCCUCAAGGAAGAGAGAGGUCAGGUACCGUGAUCUGAGGACGAUAGAUAGGGGAGUGAGGCGGCAUUUCCACGAUGACAUUAGCGUCGUGGUGGCCUACCUCGACCACCACCGUGGGCGCCGCCACACCAGGGUCAUCGACUCGAGCAGCAACUGCACCAGCGUUCCGGUCGACAUCUACUCCUCCAACACCCACCAUUCUGCGGAGCCCUUGCAAUCUUAUAAGAGCUCCAGGUAGUGGACUGGACUGGACGGCUUGCAAGAGUUGCAGAUCAGAGUGAGCGAACUGCAGCGGCAUUGUCAUCGGAAGGACUCGAGAUGUACAUAGAUAGUGUGGGUGCGUCGCAUUCUGAUGCCGGAGCAGCUCAUUUGGUUUUGAUUUAUGCAGCGUAGUUGGCUAAUCGCGGCAUUUCUUGUUUCUUUUUCGUCGAAUUAUGCUCAACCAACAGUAAACCCGUGCAUUAGAGCGGGAAGGCUAAUGUAAGCAGUAUGUCAUACCCCAAUGCCGUGAAAUAGUUGAUUACGAACUGAAAGUGUGAAAGUGGAGCUGCUUACGCACAGAAACAUAGAUUGAGAACUGAGAAUAUAUACUCUUUGCAGCA